AUGUCGACCUCCCCAAAUACUCCUAGAGGCGGUCCCCGUCGAGGUUCGACAGCCGGUCAAAGGAAACGAGCACGCUCUGUGCUCCCCCAGUACCAGACACCAGAGACCCAUGAAUCCGCUUUGAACGCUAUCCGCGUCUUCCUCAACGGCCGCUCGUCAUACGAUGUGUUUCCCGUAAGCUUUCGGCUGAUCGUGCUGGAUACCAAACUGGAAGUAAAGAAGGCACUAGGAGCGCUCCUUUUAAAUGGCGUUGUCUCUGCCCCUCUUUGGGAUAGCGAUACCUCGAGUUUUGCUGGCAUGUUUACCGUGGCGGACAUUAUUCACCUAAUUCAGUACUACUACCACACUUCAUCCUACGACAAUGCGCAGCCGAUGUCGAGCACUUUCGUUAGAGUCUCUUCGUAG